AUGCACAUGGCCAUCCCAAAGCGGCUCGUUCUGCUCCUCACGGCUACGUUUCUUCUCCUGCUGGUUGCGAUGCUGCUGGCGACUGCGAUUGAAAUCCGCGCACCACCGCCCAAGAUAGCAGCCGUGACGCUUGCCCAGGCCGCAAAGUACGGCGAAUCCGAGCGGAAAGCCCUGAAUGGAACCACGCCAGCCAUGCCGCAGACGGACGAGGGCAUGAUCGGAGACCAGGAAACGCCAGCCCCGUCGCCUCCGCCGCCUCCGCCAGCCCUGCAGAUCCUCGCUCUCUCGUACUCUGGCUCUGGCGGUCCGAAGCACUGCCGCGGGAGUCUCUUGCAGAAGACGGCCUUUGAGCGGCCUGCAGCGCAGUGGAAGGACGGAUCGUGCAUCAACCUCCCCGGCGACGCGCGGUGUGGGGUGUUUUACGCGGAGAAAGGCGACAACUGCGAAGCGCAACUGUUCAACGAGGCAGAUUGCUCCAACACGAGCAUGUCGUACGUCAACACCGUCGUGUUCAUGCCGGAAGAGCGGCCGGUCGGAGCGCUUUGGCGAAGCAUGUGGGUGAAGUGUGGAGUAGACGUUCCCGAGGCUGUGAUGCUGGAUCCGGCCAUUCUCGGUGGAGCGCUGGGCAAGAAGCCGGGCUAG